GCUGCCACGGUUAACAACGUCUCUUCGAUUACCAGUUUUGCGCAGAAAGUGCGAGUGCAAGCAAGAAAAAAAGUGCAGGCAAAUAGAAAACAAGACAAAAGGAAAAUAUUUAUCCUUGAUUGACGCUCGCUUAAGAACGUGCGUUUGUGUGUGUGUGCGCUCGCGUCCCUGCUGUUAGCUGUUGAUUUCGUGGAGUGUCCUGUAAAAUGCUGAAAUUUAUCUUACUGUGUUUUGCUUGUUUGCUAACCUUGGCAACAGCUUUAAAAAUACACGAUUUCGAACAUCACGAGUACGAGCACCAUAAGGAACCUGAACAAUCGGAACACCAUCAUGAAGUGGAGCACAAACAUGCCACUUCACAUCAGAGUGUCAAAUUUCAUCAUUUCCAUCCGGUACCGGUCUAUAUCAAGGACAAGCACUUGCUCAAGAAUCCCAUCGAAAUUGGCGGUACCAAGCAGAAAUUGAAAAUUUUACAUCCCGAAACUGAGCACAGCCACAAUCAUGGUUUGGUCUUGGAAGAAGAAAGCGAGUCACAUAUCCAUGAGCAUGGACAUCAUGAACCACAUCUGGAGCACUACGAACACUAUCAUCACGAAUAAGUGCUGUGGUUAACAAGCCAGAAAGACAUAAAAAGAGACGGAGUGAGAGAAUCGAGUUGAGCUGAAAAAGAAAAACUGAAAAUCGCGGUCAUUUGUCUGUAGUGAUCUAAAAUUGGUAGCUUGACUAUGCUUUCCAUAGCGGUGCUGCCAAAUUUUUUGUUUAAUGUUGUGGUUCAUUUUUUCAUUUUCACUUUUUUAUACAACGGUCACACUCACUGCAAAUGGAGCGCAUUCACUAAUUAUUUUAG